UUAUGAUCCGGAGUCGGAGUCAUAUUUUGCGCACCGGAGUCGUAGUUGAUCCAUGACUCCGCUCCGGAUUACCCAUCACUAGUAUGUACAUGCUGUCAGUGUGUCGCAGCUGUCAUCAAACAGGCCAAACAGUUUGUUUAUGUUGUGAUCGGCCACUCUACUCUGGGCAGCAGCAGCAGCAAGCUUGCUUUCGCGGCGUACGUUCGUGUGUACUGGGAAGGAAAAUCCCCACUGGAAAAUUUGUACAAAAAAAAGUGAAUCGCACAGUGCAGCAUGUCGAAACGCAAAGCGAGCUACGUGGUGGAGGAAGAUAACUAUCUGGACGAUUUGGUGCGCGACAAGCAGAACAAUCAACCCUCCACCAGCAAGCACACGCUCGAUUCCGACGAAGAAGACGACAGCGGUGAUGAUGCACCAUACAACGUGCUGGACGAUAAUGAGAUCCAGGGCGAGGAGGAUGGGAUGGCCCGCAUCGAUGGCGAGACCAAGUUCACGCCGUUCAACAUGAAGGAGGAGAUGGAGGAGGGCCACUUCGAUGCGGACGGGCACUAUCUGUGGAAGAAGCAGGUCGAGGUGAAGGACCACUGGCUGGACAACAUCGACUGGGUGAAGCUGAAGAACGACCCGAACUACAAGGAGCGCCCGGACAAGGGCGAAGAGCAGCGCGGGCUGGCCGAUAGCGAUUCGGACGAUGAGGAUGGUGAGGCGGCGGCGGCCAGUGGAAAGUUCGAUGACAUUGCCACGUACCAGCAGAUGCUGGAGCUGAUGGAGCCGCGGGAAACGGUCAAACGGGCGCUGCAGCGGUUGGGCAAGGGUACGGCCAAGCUGACGACGGCCCAGCGCUGGAAGCUGAAGAAGGCGGGCAAGUCGCCGGACGAGUCGAGCGCCAAGAUCACGAAGCUGACCGAACUGUCGAACGACAUACUGACCAACAACGGCAACAUGGAUGUGUACGAGGAAACGUUCGAGAUGAUCAAGCGGAAGGUGACGGAGGCAGAAAAGCGAAAGGCAGCUGCGGCAGCCGGCCCCGGGGAAGAGCUGGACAUGUACGCGGAUGAUUUCGGCAGUCGCGAACAGAGCAAACUCGGUGCGGGCGGUGAUGGCAAGGAGGCGAUCGCCCAAGGGUCGAACAGUUCCACCGAGAAGAAGGAGGAAGAGGAGGAGGAGGAAAAAGACAAACCGUUGAUGUGGGAGUACAAGGAGCAACAGGAGGCGGAAACGAUACACGGCCCGUACACGACGGAACAGAUGCAAAAGUUUGCCGAGGAGGGCCGGUUCACCGGUGGAGCGUUCGUGCGGAAGGUUGAGGAUGAGGAUGGGCGGUUCUACUCGGCCGCGCGGAUCGAUUUCGAGCUGUACCUGUAGGACGGUGGUAGGGGGGGGGGAGGGGUUUUGGGUACGUACAAAGCCACAAAACUACGCUUAAGCGCUUCUAACAUCUUCUUAAUAAAGUCACACACUCACACACAUUUUUACAUCCCAUUUUUGUCAACCAUAAACCCGUUCAAUCCGUGAGUUCAAUUGAAACCGGCAUGUUGAAAUAGAGUUUUAAAUUAAUUAAUCCAAACGGAUGAAUUCAAACGAAUGUGAAAUAAUGUAUUGUUAAAUUACUCGGUUCUAGAUUGUUUUAGAAUCUUUCCAAAACGAAUUGAUAACAUCUUACAUUUAUUUGAAUGUUUCCGUGAUAAAAACUACACAAAUUUGCCAAUUAAAUCGUGUUAAAUUAUAAAUUGAUCUAAAAUUCAGCAAAAACCUAAAACCAAACCAAAACCCAUACUGAUCCUGCCACCAAUAUGUUGCCAAUAACGAUUUAAGAACUGCACACAACCAAUACUGCUUAUACCGGUCGUAGAAUCGAUCAUGUACCCAUACCGGUCCUAGAUUCGAUCAUGAACCCAUAUCGGCCGUGGAAUCUGCCAUGAACCCAUACCGGUCCCGGAAUCUAUCUUGAACCCAUAUCGGUCCAGGAACUGAUCUUAAACCCAUAUCGGUCCUGGAACCUGUCAUGAACCCAUAUCGGUCCUGGAACCCACACUGAACCCAUAUCGGUCAUGGAACUGAUCUUGAAUCCAUGCCGGUCCUCGAACCUGUCAUGAACCCAUACCGGUUCUGGAACCUGUCAUGAAUCCAUAUCGGUCCUGGAACUGAUCUUUAACCAGUCCUAGACCAGUCCUAUCUAUACCAGUCGUAGAAUCGAUAAUGAACCCAUACCGGUCCUGGAACUGAUCUUGAGCCUAUAUCGGUUCUGGAACCUAUCAUGAAUCCAUACCGGUCCUGGAAUCCACUAUGAUCCCAUACCGGUCCUGGAAUCUGUCAUGAACCCAUAUUGGUCCAGGAACUGGUAUUGAACCCAUACCGGUCCUGGAACUGAAUCUAUAUCGGUUCUGGAACCUAUCAUGAACCCAUACCGGUUCUGGAACCCACCAUGAACCUAUAUCUGUCCAGGAACUGAUCUUGAACCCAUAUCGGUCCUGGAAUCUGUCAUGAACCCAUAUCGGUCCUGGAACCCACACUGAACCCAUAUCGGUCAUGGAACUGAUCUUGAAUCCAUACCGGUCCUCGAACCUGUCAUGAACCCAUACCGGUUCUGGAACCUGUCAUGAAUCCAUAUCGGUCCUGGAACUGAUCUUUAACCAGUCCUAGACCAGUCCUAUCUAUACCAGUCGUAGAAUCGAUAAUGAAGCCAUACCGGUCCUGGAACUGAUCUUGAGCCUAUAUCGGUUCUGGAAUCUAUCAUAAACCCAUACCGGUCCUGGAAUCCACUAUGAACCCAUACCGGUCCUGGAACCUGUCAUGAACCCAUAUUGGUCCAGGAACUGGUCUUGAACCCAUACCGGCCCUCGAACCUGUCAUGAACCCAUAUCGGUCCAGGAACUGAUCUUGAAUCCUUACCGGUCCUGGAACUGAACCUAUAUCGGUUCUGGAACCUAUCAUGAACCUAUACCGGUUCUGGAACCCACCAUGAACCUAUAUCUGUCCAGGAACUGAUCUUGAACCCAUAUCGGUCCUGGAACCUAUCAUGAACCCAUAUCGGUUCCGAAAUCUAUAUAGAACCCAUAUCGGUCCCGGAAUCUAUCUUGAACACAUACCGGUCUGGGAAUCAGUUAUGAACCCAUAUCGGUCCUGCAACCUAUUAUGUACUCGUACUGGCCCUGGAACCUGUGAUGUACUCGUACCGGUCCGGCCCUGUAAGCGAUGAUGAACCCAUAUCGAUCCAGAUAUAAUUCCCGAUUUAUUUAUUUAUUUUUAAACAGUACCUGGAUCUGUUCCAGAUUCGAAUUCGGAACGAUACUUGAUAACGGGUCUGGAACCGAUGUAAAUGUGCAGCGUUGGAAUUAGCGUAGGAAUUUGUAAAGUUAUUAUGAGAAUUACAAAGUCGACUUAAACCAACAAUGCUUCUCAGUAUCAUUCAACACUCGCGACAUGAUUUUCAACAGCUGUCAAUGUGUUUGUGACAGCUGUGUCCUGUUGAAAAACAUCUCACGGGCGUUGAACUAUGCUGGUAACAUCGGUUGAACUGACCCGGAAUAAGCCUCAAGUUUGUCAAAGAUAUUCAACAUUUCCCCAAAAACCGCAUUGUGUGUGUGUCUUUUGUGUUGCUUUUCAACAAGAACCUUUAUUUAUAUAUAUUUAAAAAAAGACGUUUAUCAAAAACUUAUCGCAUUAACAUCCUUUCCUAUCUGUGGCUACUGUAUGAAAUGGGUGAUGUGUUCUACUAGCUUAAAUUGUAAGAUUACAUGCAGUCAUGGGGCAGCACACUCGCGCACCACCCUUUUGCGCAGAUAGCGCUAUCAUUCGAAACACCUGCCUGUCUCGCUAGCAGCUGGUAUUACCCGUUUGCAAACUACUGCUACUAUUCCCUGAUACGAAAUUCAGUCCUUUUCAAAAGAGUUAAAUAAUAAAACAAAAACAUAAACACACACACACACAUAGAGGAUUUUAAUCUUAUUUGGAUAGAGAGAGAGGAAAAAAAGCUUCGUGCCUGAACUGGGGAAUUGGGGGAUUUUUUUUAAGUUAAGAAACUAAUAAUAAAGCGUCACUUUCCGGUCCACGAUGGGCAAGUGUAAUAAAGGUGUUUUUGAGCUUCCUUUCCUGGGUUCAUUUUUCUUUUGUGCGUGAGUGUGUGUGUGU